ACAAUGUUCUGUCACUGCAUUCUUAGUAAUGCCCUAUUAAUUACUAAUAUAGACUGAGACUGUCAAUCAGUAUUAUUAUGAUAACAUUUAAAUAUGAGUGUUUUAGGAUAGGCCAUUGAUUUAGGCCUUGAUGAUAGAGGUACAGACCUCUCUUGGCAUUUUCAAGGUCAAGGCUGGCCAGGUCUUUCUUAGUUAUGACCAAACAGCUUUAGACCACCAAAAUAUUUCAGAGAUGGCAACCUUAUUGCUUGGUCAAUUGCACAUGGGGGUCCGUGCAUCAAGGCCUUGGAUCCUUGCCUCUUCCAGUUAAUGUGUGGCCAGGAGCUACCACUGGAGCAGUCCGACCGGCAUGUGCUGCCUGACCCAGAUGUGCAAAGCAAAGUCAAGAGGGUACUUAAUGAUUAUCUCCAAACUGCAUUUUAUUUCUAUGAAAAAAAAAACAAAAAAAAAGGUCAAUCUGGGACUGUAGUUGCAUUGUUCUCAUUCAUGUUUCUCUCGAAGAUUCAACAGUGCAAGACAACUGAGGACCUGACAACACUCCAGCAAGACUUGGGGGACUGGAUUUCUGAGUGUGGUAUCCCAGGAAUAUUUAGUGCCACAGCUGAAGACAUACCAAAAAUCUAUGCAUAUGUGGUAAAGCACUACAUCUUUCUCAGAACAGCCAGGAUGAUACACCAGUUCACAGAGGGAAUGAACGUAUUCGGGAAGCUGUGGAACCUGGUCAAGAAAAACUGGAUUGCUUUCUUGCCUUUGUUCACUAACAUGCAGGAACCUCUGUCAAAGGAAGCCUUCAAAGCCAUCCUCACUUACAAUUACAGUAGCAGAGGAACCAACCAUCGCAAGGCAGAGGAGGACACCAUCUACAGUUGGGAAAUGGUUCUGAACAUGAUUGAAGACAAAAUGACUGAUAUGAGAUUCGAAGACCUUCUGGUUUUCAUUACUGGAGCAGAUGAAGUUCCUGCCCUGGGCUUUCGGAGCAAACUCUGCAUCGACUUCUAUGAACAGGCUGAGGGCAUGCGUUGUUUGCCCUAUGCAUCAACCUGCAUGAAGUGCUUGUACCUGCCAAGAGGUGUUACACAGGAGGAGGAACUGCAUCAGAUGCUUUACCAGGCAAUAGGAGAGUCAUUGGGAUUUGGAAAGGUGUAGUCAUUGUCAGGCGGUUUUACAGUAGCAGUACCAUGACAACACUAGCCCAUUGUAAUGUCUGAAAAUGUUGAUGUUUGCACACUUAGUACAUUAUGUUCUGUCAAGAAUGUUUCUAAUCUCUCUAGCACACACCAGAUACUUUCCCUUCAAGUCUGUUGUUCCAUACAUUGAACAUCCUGCUGUUUGUCAGGGCUCAGGUUAUUGACUGGUUGUGACACAAUCACUGCCUGUUCAAGGUCUUCACUGUUUGCUUGUAACUGGUUGAGCUGUAUGCCAUGUCUUGCCAAGCCAGCUUCCAGAUUUUCUUGACUGUAAGGGUCAUCUCCAAAGACAUUGUUGAGAGCUGCUGACUCCUGCUCACUGUCGGCUAACAUGCCUUUCAUCCAAAUUUGUGUUGGAGUACGGUUGUUUGCCGUUUUGAUUCUAUGGUUGUUCCAACCACAUCUGAAUGAAUCCAAUCUUUUUUGAAUUUCUGGAUUGUAAACUAUUUGUAGUGCCAUUUUGUGAAUGCUGUCUUCGGUGUUCAA